UCAUUACACUUAUAUUUUCAUCAUGUUCUAUUAAUAAGACCCACUCUGUUAUUUUCAGACUGGAAUAUGGACAGACCUGUGCCACAUUGCAGACAGUUACACGAAAUUAUUACGACUAUGUCUAAGCAUGUCAAAAUCAUACUACGGUACAGAGUUGAAAAGACUUAGAGAGGACAAAAAGAUCAAGGCUAAAGAAUUUAAGGAGGCCUCUGGGAAGAGAUCAGUUCAAAGCUUGCUUGUGAAAACGGAGACGCUUGGCAACAUGCCAUGCGAGGCACAGGAUAAGGUCUUGCAGUGUGCCUUGGUCACAUAUGACUUAAUGGAAAGCCUUGUGAUCCAUAUAGAGGAAAUCAUUGAGGACAGUCAAAAAUGAAAUGGGGACUAUUGCUGCUUUCUGAACUGAAUAAUGUAUUUAUUAAUUGAUUUACCUUCUCUGUAGCAUGACACAUUUGUAAUGAUAAAGAGCAAUGUGAGAGCUACAAUAUCAAUAUUUUCAAUACUAUUCUGUAUUCUGACU